AUGUCCACCAUCCCAGCCCACCACGCGACCCUCAUCUCACUCCUCACAAGCCUCUACUCAAUUCUGAUAGACCAGCAGUACACGCCAGCAAUCACCCUCAUCUCGCCACCACACCCCGCCUUCUUAAUCGACAUCCCCGCCGCCUCGGAGGCCAACAUCACCAACCCAGACCUGCUAACCCUCCUCCUCCACCUCUCAUACCUCAUCACCUCCAUCGAGAUCCCACUAACCUACGAAACCCUCCCGCUAGUCUACACCAACACCGCCUUCGACCCCUCUGCAUCCGCCGACGCCUUCGACUUCGCGCGCGACCCAGCGUGUCAAGACCGCACAGAUCUGAUCCCACCCGGCAUGCUCGUGCUGACGCGCGCGCACAACGGCGGCGAGACCCUGCUGUACGAGCUCGACACGCGGCGGAUUCGGGUGUGGAACCAUUUUCUCGACGAGGGCGAUGACUGGCGAGGGACCCGGGCCUGGGAUAUCGAGGACGAAGGGAACCCGUUGGUGGGCUGGAUUCGGAAGUGGAUUGGGUUGGAGUGUGUGCUCAUGCCGAAUGGUGGUGGGGGCUGGCGGUUUGUGGAGUUUGAGGGACCGCCUGUUGCUGCGGAGACGUCGGAAAGUGAGAAAUAA